AUGACCCUCUCCAAAGAGUAUGAAGCGUCCCAGCAGACUGGCUUGCCACUGGACGAGGAUGAAGUAGACAUAGUGGGAGAGGACAAGCCUCUCCAUGACCAGCAUCUUCUCUACCGGACCGACAGCACCACGGAGCCUAGCUCCUCCGCCGAUUCCAGCGCUGAACUGGACUGCUCGGAGUUCGACUCGUCUGGGGAGAGCGAGAAUAGUUUCUGUGCAGACACACCUUCAUUGGGAAGACCUCACGGUUCUGUAAAGCCCCCGUAUUCCUACAUCGCUCUCAUCACCAUGGCAAUCUUACAGUGUCCUCUGAAAAAACUGACGCUGAGUGGCAUCUGUGACUUCAUCAGCAACAAGUUCCCCUACUACCGGGAGAAGUUUCCGGCGUGGCAGAAUUCUAUCAGGCACAACCUGUCACUCAACGACUGCUUUAUCAAGAUUCCGAGAGAGCCUGGAAACCCAGGCAAAGGCAACUACUGGUCUCUGGACCCCGCAUCUGAGGACAUGUUUGACAACGGCAGCUUUCUCCGGCGCAGGAAGAGGUUUAAGAGAAACCAGCAGGAGUAUCUGAAAGAUGGACUCAUGUUUUACCCAAACUUCAGCUGUUACCGGCCUUACGAGCGACCUUACUGCGUCCAAAGCCAAACGAGCGUACCGGCUGCCCCUCUCAGGUAUAUGCCCGUUCCGGACGGGCUCGUGAUGUCAACUUCCUUCUACUUACCAUACCCGAGACUAAGCAGCAUCUGUAAGGUAGUUGCUCCCAAAAACUUCAGAAUGAAACUUUAUGCAGUAACACCCGCAGAACAGAAGCCUGCGAGCGACACACAUAUGAAGUGUUCAUUCAGUAUUGACAGCAUUAUGAGUAGAACCUCUCCUUAUGUAUCACAGAACUCAAAUCCACGGAACUCCAACCCACAUUGUUCUGUUGAUCUUCUCACGGGCACUGCUUGUUUGGUUCCGAGCCUGAUUCAAGCUUCAAUAACUCCAUUCUGCCCAAGUGCAAUGUUGAGCGCUGCUCCUUCAAUAACAGAGAAUGUCCCAAUGUGUUACCUUAGUUGUUGAAGUGUUUGUUUGUUAUAGCAUUAGCCAAAGAAACCUCUUUUUUUAUACAAGUGAUAAAAUGAUACAAUGGAGGCACGUUUGCGCAUUUCUCAAAUAAAUGAUUUAAACUGCAUGUUAUUUAUGUUCAUUCAAUGUUGAAUAUGUCAAAUGAAGUUAAUGUAAAUAAGAA